AUGUCGGCCGCGCCAAAACGGUCGUCCCGACGCGUUGCUACCCGCCGCAACGCCGUUGUCGACUCUGACGAUGAUCUGUCGGGCAUCAGCAAGACCCAAGAUGACGAGCCCGAUGAGCUCGACCAGGAAAUUUCACAGCUCCCGUCGCGCAGGACGCGAAGCGGUCGUGCCUCCAUGGCCCCUACCACAACCGCCAAGCCCAAGGUGACAAGGACAACGCGCAAGACGUCUGCUCCAGUGCAGAAGGCAAAGGCAGAGCCUGAACCGACUCCGGAGCCGGAGGAGAAGCCCGCGCCCGAGGCUGAGCCCGAGCAGGACGAAAAUGCUCCCGUCGAAAGCGCCGGCGACCCAGUCAAAACUGAGCCCGCGCCCUCAGAGCCACCAAAGCUCUCCCGCCGAAGCGCUACGCCGCGAACUUCCGUGACCGAGUUGCCAAAGCUCGCGCCCCAGACCCCGAGCAGCAAGCCUCUGUCGCCCCAGAUUGGCGCGCCUAAUGUUUCGCCGCUUGCCGAUAUCACCGGCAUGAAUACGCGCCUCCCAGAUGUCACACAGUCGGUCAAGCCGAUGAGAUCCAUGGACACCUUUCUCGACAAGCCACUCGAUAUCGUUGUCAAGCAACGCACUAUGGCCAUCCCCUUUGUCGAAGACACAACACCAAAGUCACGAAUCGUCAUUACAUACUUGAUGCUCACCAACUUCAAGAGUUACGCCGGGCGACAAGAAGUUGGUCCAUUCCACGCUACCUUUUCGUCGGUAGUCGGUCCCAACGGAUCCGGAAAAUCCAAUGUUAUUGAUUCGCUACUCUUCGUAUUUGGAUUCCGCGCCAGCAAGAUGCGACAGGGCAAGAUCUCUGCCCUCAUCCACAACUCAGCGCAGUACCCAGAUCUCGAUCACUGCGAGGUCGCUGUUCACUUCCAAGAAGUCAUGGAUCAGCCUGGCGGUGGCCACGUUGUCAUCCCGGACUCCGAGUUGAUCAUCUCCCGCAAGGCGUUCAAAAACAACUCGAGCAAAUAUUACAUCAACAACAAGACAUCCGAUUUUACCACCGUCACCACUCUCUUGAAGGACAAGGGCGUGGAUCUGGACCACAAGCGUUUCCUGAUCCUCCAGGGUGAAGUCGAGUCCAUUGCUCAGAUGAAGGCCAAGGCCGCAAAUGAGCACGAAGACGGCCUCCUGGAAUACCUGGAAGAUAUCAUUGGCACCUCGAAAUAUAAAACUCCCAUCGAGGAAUCGGCCACCGAAGUUGAGUCUCUCAACGACAUCUGUGUUGAGAAGAGCAGCCGUGUGCAGCAUGUCGAAAAGGAAAAGAGCAGCCUUGAGGGAAAGAAAGAUAUCGCUCUGGCUUUCAUUCGCGACGAGAACGAGCUCACUAUCAAGCAAUCUGCUCUUUACCAGCUUUUCCUGCACGAAUGCAACGAAAAUAUCACAGUUACGGAAGAGGCCAUCAGCCAAAUGCAGGCCCAGCUCGAUGACGAGCUUGAGAAACAUCAGGGCAAUGAAACACUUAUUAAGGAUCUUCAGAGGCAGUACAAGCAGGGCAGCAAAGAGGUUGACACCCAAGACAAGGAGACUCAAGCUCUUUCAAAAGAGAUGGCACAGUUUGACCAAGAACGCGUCAAAUUCGAUGAGAAGAAAAAGUUCCUCGACGAUAAGCGUAAGAAGUUUGAGCGCACCAUCGCCAAUGCCCAAAAGGACUCUGCGACUGCCGAUGAGACGAUAGCAGAGAGUAGCAAGACUAUGGAAAAAAGCACCAAAGAUGUCGCUGACCUUGAGAGUCAAAUCGAGGCGGAGGAGGCCCGGUUGAUUAACAUUCGAGAGGGACUCCAGGGCAAAACGCAAAAGUUCUCCGACCAGAUCGCAGCCAAGCAAAAGACUCUGGAGCCCUGGUUGGAGAAGAUCAAUGAGAAGCAAUCAUCCAUUGCGGUUGCUGAAAGUGAGUUGACCAUUCUCCAAGACAAGGAAAAUGCGGGUGCUGUGGCUCUUCAAGAAUUGGAGACCAAGAUCAAGACCAUCGAAGGUACCAAGUUGGAAAAGGCGAAGGAGCUCAAGGAAUGCCAAGCUCAAAAGUCGAAGCUUGCCAAAGAGGCUGAAAAGAUGCAAUCAGAAAUCGAUAUUCUUGCCGAACAAGAGCCCAAGAUACGAGCCAAAAUCUCCAGCACCCGACAAAAAGCCGACGAAGCACGCUCGAGCCUCUCGAGCACCCAGACCAGAGGCAAUGUUCUUGCCGCCCUCAUGCGUAUGCGUGAAUCUGGACGUAUCGAAGGAUUCCACGGCCGCCUUGGAAACCUCGGCACCAUUGAUGAAAAGUACGACGUUGCCGUCUCGACUGCUUGCGGCGCUCUGGACAACUUCGUGACCGAGACUGUUGAAUCUGGCCAGCAGUGUAUCGAAUACCUGCGCAAAAACAACCUUGGCCGAGGCAACUUCAUCUGCCUGGACAAACUCAAGGACCGAAGCCUUGCUCCAAUUCAGACGCCGGAGAACGCUCCCCGCCUAUUCGACCUAGUCAAGCCCCAACAUGAUCGCUUUCGACCUGCGUUUUACCACGCUAUGCAGGACACGCUUGUAGCAGUGGACUUGGCACAGGCCAACCGAAUUGCCUAUGGCGCCAAGCGCUGGCGAGUAGUCACCGUUGCUGGCGAGCUGAUAGACAAGUCUGGUACCAUGUCUGGUGGUGGCACAACUGUUAAGAAAGGCCUUAUGUCGUCGAAACUUAGCAGCGAUAUCACCAAGGAGCAGGUUUCCAAGCUUGAACAAGACAGAGACACCUGGGAAACCAAAUUCCAAGAGUUCCAAGAGUACCAGCGAGAGUGCGAAAACCGCAUGAGAGAGAUCAACGACGAGAUCCCCGCCCUCGACACAAAGAUGCAAAAGAUUGGACUCGAAGUGGAAAGCGCCACCCGCAACAUCGCAGAUCUCCAACGUCACGUCAAGUCCGUCAGCCAGGAGUAUCAGCCGUCUGUCACUGAUGCAUCGCGAAUUAAGGAGCUGCAAAUGGAGAUUGCUUCGCUAAACUCUGCAGUUGCCAAGUUACGUGAUGAGACUUCCAGCGUCGAGGAAGAGAUCAAGGCUCUGCAGGACAAAAUCAUGGAAGUUGGCGGUGAGAAGCUUCGCAUGCAGCGUGCCCUUGUUGAUGGCUUGAAGGACCAAAUCACGUCACACAACGAAGAAAUUUCCUUCGCCGAGGUUCGCAAAGCUAAAGCUGAGAAGCAGAAAGUCAAGCUUGACAAGGACACUGCCAAAGCUUCCAAGGAACGCGAUGCCGCUGUAGCCGAGCUCGAGAAACUUGACGACGACAUCAGUAACCAGGGCACGAAGGCUGAUGAGCUUCGUCAGAAUGUGCAAGACGCAAAGGCUGCCCUCGCUACGAAGAAGGCUCAGGUUCAGGAAAUGAAGGAAGAGCUGGACGUCAAGACUUCUGAGCUCAACGAAACCCGCGCUGUUGAGAUUGAGAUGCGCAACAAGCUAGAUGAGAACCGAAAAGUUCUUACUGAGAACCAGAAGCGUCUGCGUUACUGGGACGACAAGCUCUCCAAGCUGGUUCUUCAGGACAUCAACGAUCUCAUUGGCGAGUCGGCGCCAAAGCGUGCGACGCCCGCCCCCGAGACCAACGGAGACAAGUCUCAGGUCGACUCCGAAGACGUUGAGAUGAGCGAGACUGAGCAGGCAGAGAAGGGCGACAUUAGCAUGGGUGACGCAGAAGUACCCCUCGCCGAGGAGCAAGAGCGCUCCCUGCACCAGCCACAAGAGUUACCCCAAUACACCCCGGAUGAACUUGCCGAGAUGAGCAAGGAAACUUUGAAAGGUGAAAUUGCUGCUCUCGAGGAGAAGACGCAAAACGUUGCUAUUGACCUUGGUGUCCUCGCUGAAUACCGUCGCCGUGUUGAGGAACAUGCCUCCAGGUCUUCGGAUCUUCAAUCGGCCCUGGACCAGCGUGACUCUGCCAAGAAGCGCUGCGACGAUCUUCGACGCAUGCGACUAGAAGGCUUCAUGGCUGGCUUCAGCGCCAUCUCCCUGCGCCUCAAGGAAAUGUACCAGAUGAUUACCAUGGGUGGCAACGCCGAGCUGGAACUUGUCGACAGCCUGGACCCCUUCAGUGAAGGUAUCCUGUUUAGUGUUAUGCCUCCCAAGAAGAGCUGGAAAAACAUUGGUAACCUCUCUGGUGGCGAGAAGACGCUGAGCAGUCUUGCGCUUGUGUUUGCUCUGCAUCACUACAAACCCACGCCGCUUUACGUCAUGGACGAAAUCGACGCCGCUCUGGAUUUCAGAAACGUUUCCAUUGUUGCAAACUAUAUUAAGGAGCGCACCAAGAACGCCCAAUUCAUUGUCAUUUCACUCCGAAACAACAUGUUUGAGCUUGCUGCUCGUCUAGUUGGCGUGUACAAGGUCAACCAUAUGACAAAGAGUGUGACAAUCGAGAACCAAGACUUUAUCGCUCGCCCACAGCCACAACCACGACCAGCCAUGGGUGGCCAUACGACAACACUUGCGCUGAGAUGA